AUGCCGCGCAUCAUCAGAAUUGUCCUGGCCUCUCUAGCUUUUGCCAUGAGCACGCUCGGCCGAGUACCGCCAACACCAGCAGCAGCAUCAGCAUCAGCAUCAGAUUGCACGACGACCAUGACAAUAACAGCUUCGCCUCUCCCAACGCCGCCAUUCUGGCCUCAGUGCUCUUUUGACGGAACCGAGCGGAUCUACAGCUCCACAGUCACAAUGAACCAUGCCAUUGACUGUCAUGGAUGCAGAUACGUGCAGCUCAUCGAACAGUUUGCGCUCAAUCUACGAAGGGCUAGAAUGCCUAGCGCAGAGGAGGAAGAAGAAGGAGGAGGAGGAGGCACAGUAUACGAAGAACACGAACGACUGCUAUUUAGCCAUGAUAAAUGA